GUUAUUAUUGGUACAAACUCACCAGUAGCAUACACCAACAUACCGGUACGAGUUACGAGCACUACGGUCAUACGGUACAUGAAAAAAAUUGCGAUACUGUAGUGAAUAGAUUGAAAAGGASUCCGUGGAAAACAACCUGGAACAAAUCAAAAUUCACUACAUCUCCGAUCCUAAACAGUAGAGUUGAAAUACGUCCUGCCGAUCGUUGGUCUACGAGCCACAGAAUCACUGCUUUCCACAAAUCGAUUGCAACGAAAUGAAUCUACGGUGAUGAUCAAUACAAUAACGAUGCUACGAACAUUUCUGAGUCUUACGGUGGGAAUGGCCGCUGUAAAAAUCACAGUGUCUUCGUCCUCCUCUAGAUUGCUAUCAUCUUUCUACAACAAGUACGAUCACUAUCCACCCUAUUGUUCUAAUCCUUCGGAAAUGGAGAGCCGGAAAAUUCCUCCUCUUCGUGAUUACAUCGGCACUUCCAACUCAAAACACAAUGCAAAUGGCAAUGGCAAUGGCAACCAUAGCGGUGACGACACAAACAACUCCACCACAACAUCAACACCUCUGAUYGGAGAAACAAGACUCGCUCACGUCACAUCGGUCGUCCGCCAUGGCGCUCGCACACCGUGGUCCAGUGAAAUGAAAUGCUGGGACGGCUUUUGGGAUUCGCCCCGGACUGGAGUUUGGGACUGCGGUGAUUUAACGACUUUCAUGGCGACGCCCUCUCGGGAUGGUUUUUUUUACAAURCAGGCAACAGUGAGAGUGGCAUUGGAAACGAUCCGGCCUUUUUCUUGUUCGAAAAACGAUACGACGCACUCGAAUUUCCCGAGGACGGACUCGCCAACGUUUUGAAUGGAACCUGCGAAAUGGGACAGCUCCUCGAGCAGGGCUACGAGCAAGAAAUCCAGAAUGGAAAAAUUCUACGGGAUGCCUACACUUACACAAAAGGAGAGUACGAUCACGACGAGCGAAUGAGACUUUUGGACCUCAGUCUCGACGACGAAAACGACUUGCCGUGGGAGUAUCCCCAUCAUCUCUAUUUCCGCGCCGACGACUACCAACGAACUGUGAUGUCGGGACAAAUAUUGCUGAGGGGGCUUUUCGAUCCAGAAAUGACCAAGAUUCAGUCCACCACAAACAAGAACAUUGUCAUACCCCUCCACAUAGCCGAUGAAGACAGAGACAUUGUGGACCCCAACAAGUACGUUUGUCCCCGAUUGCAAGCCAUCGAAGACAAGGCGGUGCAGUCUCCAGACUACCAAGCAUUCGAAAACUCGCGGAAUUCCAAAGAAAUUCGAGAUUAUAUGCAGGAUAAGGUAAAGAUGGACGACGAUGCCUCCGUUUUAGAUUGCAUGAUGUGUACCAUUUGUACCGAUCGCCCACUACCGAAUGCCGCCGACGACUAUGAUGGCACCACCAAAAAUUGGUUUACGAAGAUGACCGAAUACAAGAUCCAAAAGUACACGAAGGUUAUGAAGUACAACRAUGCCGAAUUCGCUAAGCUAGGAAUGGGUCCUCUGUGGUACGAAAUCAUGAAAAAUAUCAAUCGGGUAUUAGCAGAGGAGGACGGCGCUCCAAAGUUGGCCUUAUUUGCUGGUCACGAUACAACCUUGAUGCCGUUGUUGGCAUCUCUCGGCCCCGAUUUGUGGAAGGACACAGAGUGGGCCCCCUAUGCAUCUAUGGUGUUGAUCGAGAUCCACGAACUCAUCGAUGGUCGAUCGGACACAAGUAUAUACACAAGUAAAUUUGCCUUCCGGCUUUUGUACAAUGGAAAAAUAUUGACACCAAAGGUCGAUGGUUGCCACGAGGAUUGCGAACUUUGUGACAUCGUUCACCUCAAAACUAUAUUGGAUCCUAUUGCCCGAAGAGACAUAGAUUGUUCGGCACCGAUCACGAAAGAAGUAACUCAGGAUUUAGAACAGGACGUACUUUCGUCCUCUCUCGAUAUUGAAAGCGACGAAGAACCAUCUCAUCUUCUGUCUUUAUCAACUACCACAGGAAUGGCAAUUUUUGUCAUAUUAGUGGUCAUGAGCGGACUAGGGGGUAGUGCAAUUACCUACUUAAUUAUGCGAAMGAAGUUCACCCAUUCAUUCAUUCGCAAACGAGUGGAUUUCGGUGGUGCCUGGGAUAUUGACAGUCCAAACGACGGAGAGCAUGGUUUGGAACUAACCGAAGGAGAGACCUUCAGGGAUGAACCGAUGUGAAUGAAUUUCCACUACGACCGCCGCUUAAUGACUGCCAAAGAAUGCUACAUUUAGGRUUGGCGUUGAGGGGUUCAACAGGGUUCAGGUCCAACAGGUUUCAGCCUCGUGAAUAAUUGUUGAAAAACCAUGUUGUAAUUAUCAUCUUCUCUSUUCAAAACUGAAGUACUGUGUUUACUAGUGAUGGAAUGCCUGUCAUCCAUCUCUGUACCAUCCUUCAUAUUUCUAUUACUUGAGAAGUACUGUACUUCAAGAUCAAUAAAUACUACUAGUUGUGGUGGUGACUAGUCAGAUACAGUGUUCMUGGACACUACUACUACUAGUUGUUGUAGUAUUCUGUGUUGAACCCGCAAAGCAAUGACUCGUUCAUAAACGCAUUCUUGUCUAAACAUAAAUAUUUAAGGWUUAA